UGUAGCCGUAGUUUGUGAAUAUUGAGAAUACAAGUGAAAGAAGCAAGCACGAAGAACCGGACAAAAUUGUAAACUUUACAGGCUUGACAACUUCUUCCCUUCUCCAAACAAUGGAAGCUGCACGUUAAAUCGUGCAGAAGUCGAACCCAGUCAAUCCCUCUUCCACAAAAUCUCUUUUCAAUUUCACUUUUCAUUUUUCAUUUUUCAUUUUUCAUUUUUUUCCUCUCUUCGACAAACUAUCAUCAUCUUCGUCGUCUUCCUUCCAACAACAACUACUGGAUUUAUCUACACAGAAAGAAUUUGAUUGGUUUAAGCAAACUGCCCACUUCUAAUUGCCAAUUACGCGUUGUUCCUCACCGAUUUCUGCUACCUAGGGUUUUUUUUCGUCGUUUUCAGAUAUGGAUGAAAAUUUGGGUGACAAGGAGUCGUUAAAUGCUCGAAUUCAGCAGCUGGAACAUGAGAAAGAUGAGCUGCAGAAAGACAUUGAGCAAUUGUGCAUGCAACAAGCGGGUCCCAGUUAUAUUACUUUUGCCACUCAGAUGUAUUGUCGAAGGACUGCUGGCUUGGAACAGGAAGUUGAGAAUUUAAAGAAGAAGCUGACUAAUAGUAUCAAAGAGAAUUCAAAUAUCAAGGAAGAGCUUUCUGAGGCUCAGAGAAUAAAAACAUAUAUAGAUCAACUCCACAAAUCGGAGGUUGCAAAGAACUCGGAAUUAGCUAAGCAGCUUGAAUACAUGCGUGGAAUGCUUACUAAUGCCUUCACUGAUCGUGAUCAUGCAAUACUGGAGGCUGAGAAGGCUAAAGAAAAUGAAGAUAUGAUGUCUCAGAAAAUGAAUGAUGCCGAGAAAAGGUUACAAGAAGUAACUGUAAAAUUUGCUGAUACACAAGAGCAACUAUCGAGUAUGAAGAGGAAGGUUGCAAAACAAGAUCAGGAGAUGGAAAUUUUUAGAGAGAUCAUUAAUAAGUUCUACAAGAUCAGGCAGCAAGCUUGUAGAGGUAACGGGGAUGAUGAUAAUGGGUGUGAUGAUCAAUGUGAUGAUGUUUGUUGGGAUGACAAGUGCGCAUGCUUAUAUAACGAUUCCUCAGAAUCAUGGAGCUUCAAUAUUUAUAAGGAAGCUUCCGUUGCUAACUAUGUGGCUGCUUUGCAGGAAGAGGUGGAGACCUUAAGAAGUGAUCUUCAAAACAAAAUGCAAAUGGGGUGGGAAAUUGAAAAGCACUUGAAGAGUAAGAUUACUGAAUUGGAGCAUAAAAGGAUUCUGUCAGACAGACUUAUUGUUGAAGGAAUAUCAUCAAUUCGUGAAUAUAAUUCUCAACAAAAGACCUACAUCAUGAAACUGCUUGAUGAUGAAAAAUCUUAUAUAAAAUCAGUUGUCAGCAGCAUUCAGGAAAAGAUUGAGGAGUUUCCUAAACACACGCAUUCUGCUGAGGUAACUGAUUUUUCCACACUGAAUGUUUCUCGGAUGGUCGAUUCUUCAGAAGCUCUGUCACAGGCGUUGCAAGAAAAAGUUUCAACUUUAUUACUUUUAUCACAGCAAGAAGAAAGACAUCUUUUUGAGAAAAAUGUCCAAGGUGCACUGCAAGAAACUAUGGAUGAGCUUCAAAGGACUCUACAACUAGCUACUCAAGAGAAGGUGAGAGCCCUCUUGGAACUGGCAGAGGUGAAAAAGGAAUAUCAACUGUUACUAGAGAAAACCACUGAAGAAGGAAACCUUCUUACUAGACCUGGUGAUGGAAAAAUAAUUGCUCACGGAAGAGAUGGGAGACUUAAAAAUUUAUUCAAGAGAACUUCUUUGAAACGCUGGCUUGGUACAGAAGAAAAUCCUCCUGUUGUGACUCACCCUAACUUGGAACCUGAAGCAUCUUUAAACAGAGGCUCUUAUCACAACAUGAAUGAUGCAAGGCUGCGGAUCGAGAUUGCAACCCUUAAGGAAAGCAUGCAAAACUUGGAGCGAUUGACAUUCGACAUUCGUAAACUUCGAGUCUCUCUCAUACAGGCCAAACAUGCACGUUCAUCUAAAAGUGCUGCUUCUAGCACAACAGAAAUCUUGGAUGAAAUCAUUAGGGAAGCUGAAAUGGUAAAGCUUGCGCUUAGCGCUGCCUUGCCUCUUAGCUGGUCUGGGGAGGGAGAUGUAGCAUCAUCUAGUGAUAUGAAUGUCGAUGAGGAUUCAAAUUAUGGCAACCCCAACACUGAGAAAAUGGAUUCAGUUUCUGCAGCAGGCAUUGAAAUGGUAGAGCUUCUUAUUUUAGCAGCUCAGAUGAUGAAAAAGAGGGAGAAAAAGGUCAGAAGGGAGCACAAAUUGCAAUAAAUAAAAAAAAAAAAAAAAAAAAAAAAAAAAAAGGCAUCAUAUCCAAGAACUCAGACAAAUUCAAGUAAUCAAUUUUUAUGCUGAUGCUGUUGAUCAAUUUUUAGUAGCAAAUUUUGUCCAUUUUGUGAAAUAGUAGGUUUUUUUUGUGUAAAUUUAUCCGGUAGAUUAUGAGUGUAAUUUGAGUAUGAGUAGUAUAUAGUAUUUCCUUCUCAGCGGAUCCUCUUCAAGUAUGUGUCUGAUGUAAAUUUUCAAGCAUUAACCGGGAAGAGAACAUAAAAAGAAAGAAAGAAUGUCCUACAACUUAAUGUUUGAUGAAGUACUGUAUCUAUUCCAAAUUACUUUGAUGAUGCA